AUGGCUUCUGGCCCCUACAUCCCACCCUUUCGCUUCCGCCGUCAAGGCCUACUAUCAUCGAGUGGCAUCCCAGAGGAUACAUCUGGACCAAGUGUUCUUCCAACGGGCUUGAACGACGCAACAUUCGUUCCAGACCCCCAACUCGGAGGUGGAGCAGACUACCAAGGUAGCCAAGAUAAUCAUCGACGCUCACGCAGAAACCGUCGACGCACUCGUGGUAGACGUACCCCCGGUCCCAACUAUGAUAAUGAGUUCUUCGAACAACGUCAUGGUCAGCAAUCAAUCGCCAAUGAUAACCGCGAUUUGAGCCUCGUACCGCAGCAGCAGGCUGCCGACACGUCCUUGCAUUCCAACCAGGAAUCGCAAUACCAAGACGAACAAGUCGAUCAGCCACUGAUGCUGGCCCAGCCCGGAAACUUUGCCAAUUCCCCCCUGUACCAUCGACGAGAUGUCGACACCUACUUCUGGGGUGUCGACGGCGCUCAAUUGACCGCUCUUGGAAUCAACAACGUGCUGCACGAUUCCGCCAACCGUAUCGGCGAUCUUUCCUACAUUCUUCUGUUUGACGGAAGAAACCCUCGCUGGGAACAAGACCGCAUCGUCUUUGCCUGCGCCGAUCUUGAACUGCUGCCGGAGUACGCGGAAAAGAAGGCUGAGUACGGCGAGUGGCCCGUUGUCGACGCAGCGUCAUUCAAGGUACCCCUUGACGCCGAUACUGAUGUCGAAUCUGCCCACGGCAGCACAUGGAGCGGACAGACGGCCACCCCGAACAAUGCAUUCGGCCCCGUUGCCACCCCAUCCCACCUCUAUGAUCCUUCGAUCUUGAGUGCUCGUAUUCCAUCAUCAUCCGCGGACGCCGGUGAGCGAUCUACAUCAAUUGACGAGUUCCAACGUCUCAAUAUCGGAGACCAGUUAUUUGUACGCAAGGAUAAAAAUAAGAAGCAUAAGAAUAAGGGAAAGAAACAAGAGCACGUGAACAAAAAGAAUAAGAAAGGUGGGAAAAGACGGGGCAAGAAGACCAAGAAAGAUAAGGGAAAGGGUGUGCAGAUCUACCCCCAAGGACCGCGUCCUUAUAUUUCACCAAUAGACUAUGCCCCGUACCCGUCGAUAGUCUACCCAAUCGCCGCAUUUGAGCAGCGAUACAUCGGCAGCGAUGAUCUCGCCACCAGCACCGGAGUCGAUGAAGGAUAUUACUUCGUGUUCGCUGGCUGGUAUACGGUGUCACGAAUCUGCAUCGUGGCGCCUCAGUCAUCGGAGCUCGAGCGUUUGCUGGAGCAGCGACGUGGCGAGCAGCCGCGUUACGAUUCGUCCGGCAAAGAGAUUCCUGACACCAUGCCACCAUACUCUAGAGCCUGGGAAGAAGCCAUGGAGGUGGAGUGGGCCGUCGUCAAGUUCGAAGAACUAGUCGACCCCUUCACGCCAGCCGACCCUAUCAUCGAGAUCGUAGACUCGGAUGAGUUCGAAGAAGGCGUGCGAGAGCUCGCGGUCGACCGAGGGAUCCCGUAUCGUGGUAUUCCGGCUGGGCAUCUUCGGAUGGAUAAUCCAGAGGCAUCUACGUCUGCACAGCAUGAGAAAGAGAAUGGUGGCAGCAGUAUGAGUAGCAGAUACAUGAUGACCAUGCCCAUUCCCACGAUUGUGGUGACGGAGGAACCCGAUGAUUCCAACUUUGGUGGAGGAAUGCGCGUUAUACUUGAGGGAACGUAUGGCUUCAUGAAUCGCAACAAUAUGGUAGGGGAGAAGCCCUCUCGCCAGCCUGGUGAUCAGCAAGAGUCGGAAGCUACCAAAAUUGAAACGGUUUCCGAGCUUGAGCAUGGCGACAUCAUUGAACAAGCUGGCGAUUUCUCUGGCUGCUCAGACGCCAGUAGUGAUGAUACUUACGCCUAUGCUGAUACUCAAAACACUGUCGAGAACACUUCAGCAACUAGUCUAAAACCCACUGAGCAGCUAGAAUCGACUACCGAAGCGGCCGGCAGUCAACCCCGCAAAUCAGACCACCCGGGUACUGGUACUGAUAUUGAUACUCGAGAAACAGCCUCAGAGAAACUUCUGCUUUCGGAGGAGCUUCAGAAGACUCGAUACUUAGAUGAGUCCGAACUGCUGGAGAUUACAGAAGCAGAUGAUGAAUGCUUGCGCAAGGAGGACCUGACGGUCUGCACGAAAUCAAACAAUGAAGAUGGAGACGGCGAGGGUGAGGAGGCCUCGACCUCGGUCCAAGAUGGAUCCAACAAUGAUAAUGACAAGGGAACGCCCCUUUACGACGAGAAGUCUCCCGAGACGAUUACCGGCGGCGAGGGAUCUAUUGACGAGAUUGAUGCUCAUUCCCACGACAACAUCCAAGAGCAUCAAAGUAUGAUGAACGCCCAUGCUCCUGAGUCUCAAGACAACACUAUUAAUCAGGGCCCCGAGAGCGAGAGUGAGCUACUCCACGACGCACCAGAGAUCAGCGCCACGACCAAUGCAAACGAGCUCAACCGACUGCACACAUCUGCAUCCGAGGCAUACAAUCUCAUCCGAGGCACCCAGUCUACUGCGCCUUACUCCUCCGAGGACUCAGAAAGUGGACUAGCAGAUUCCCACGGCCACGAAGAAGCUCAUAACGCACACGACGAGCUUCUGCAUGAGUGUAACGAAGCUGCUCCUGCCGCCCAGCCCAGCCCCUUCGCACAUGAAUUCCAGAUUCUGGACGAGCAGUGGCACGACGCCGCCGAGGAGAUCCUCGACAGCAUCUCAGACAUAAUCAGCAGACUGGAGACUCUGGGUGUAGCCGAUUACCGGGACGCUGCGACUCAAACCAUGCCGGCUUACAUCGCCGAUGUGCGCACCAGUGCCGAGGGUGAACUCGGAUUAGUCGAGCUCCCUCAGAAGAAUGUCGACGAGACGGUGGGACGUGUAGUAGCCACUGACCCGCCACCUUCCCCGGCUACCAGCAACUGCUCGGAGCCCAAGGGUGAGGUUACAGAUGCUGCUGUCCCAGAGGCGGAUAUCCCCGUCCACUUGAAGCAAGCUACAGAAGGAGUACCUCUCCCGCGCUCAACCACGCCGGAUUCUGCCCACAAGCAUUAUGAUGGCAAGAUCGCAAGUGAAGUCACGGAUGUUGAGAAACACGGAAAUGGCAUGGGAGGAGCUCAGUAAUAAGUGGCAGGUGAAACGACAGUGUUGCUAUCAGGGAAGCCUGUAAGAACGCUUUUGUGAGGUCAAUAAUGUUCGACGUCUUUGAUGUCAAGAUUACGAGAAAUUGGGAGUUUUGAACUUCGGUAUCCUACAUCCUAGGUGCCUGGUCAAGAAAUG